AUGGCGAAGUCUCUCGUCCUUGGUCGGGAUGGCUCCGAUUUCGCGCCUGCAGUGCUGAUGCACGUGCGGGAUGGGACGGUGCUGCAGCGCGCCGCCUUCAACUACUCAAGCUGGGUCAAGACGAAGCACCGCAAUUCCAAUCCAAUGCAGUACCCCCAGCAUCCGCGUAACUGCAUUGAGACAGUAGAGGACGUUAUCAGUGCAGCGUUGAAGGCAGCUGGUGCGGCGGCGCGGGGGCGUGCGGUUGGGUUCGCUUUCGAUAGAACAAGGAACCUACCAUGCAUAGUCGACGAAACCUGCGCGCCUCUCGCCCUUCGGCCCUCUCUCACCGAUAACCCGAACACUAUGUAUGCGUUCUGCAAGAACCACAUCUCUGUGAAGGGGGAGGGUACUGCAGUCCAUGAACCAGCGCCCAACAGCACUCCUGAAUACGCCUUCUGCGGAGACACCAACUUCUUCGAGUGGUUCUGAUUCAAGGUGCUGCACGUGAUCUACAGCGAGGAGAAGGUGUCACAGGUUGUGUAUGUCAUUGUGGAGUGCAGCGAGUGAUUUCCAGCCUUUUUCGCUGACGCCACAUCGUUUCCCCAGCUCAUACCCGCCCGCACAGAGGGCGGAGACAAGAAGAUGUGGUACGAGGGCUAGGGCGGAUUCUCUCCACGCAACUUCUUUUACGAGUUACACCCGCGCGUGGGGCCCUUCUGGUUCCGCAUGAGCGACGCUACGGAGACCAUCGGCAUGCUAGUAGGGUUGGCGAGCGAAGAGUGGGCGCGACAUCCUGGUUUGAGUGUGAGGGUGGCUGUGACGGGCGGUGUCAGCGAUGCUUUCCUGGACGGCGUUGGUGUGGGGCAACAAACCAUGCCGGUUUGCACGUAUCAUGAGAAAGUCGAUGUGCGACAGGAUGGACAUGGAUCCCAGCGUUCUCGGCUACCGCCGUGUGAGGGGGAUUUGUGAGCAGGCUGACAGUUCUAUCACGUCACACCUUAGUGGCAUAGAGACUGGGGAGUCCGUGUACGGUGACGUCGUGGCGUGGUUUUCUGAACUGCUCGAGUACCCCUCUGCACGACUCAUUGCCAAUGCGACAUUGCUGAGCGAGGCUACUGAGGCAGAGCUGAUGCGACAGAUCCGGGACAAAGUGCUGACCGCUCUUAGCGAAAAGAUGCCCGUCGGGUUCAGCUAAGUGAGAACACGGUGUGCGCCCUGGACUGGUUCAAUGGCCGGUGCACCGCUGAUGCCAACCAGAACCUCAAAUCGGCGAUCAGGCGGCCUUAUUCUUGGAAACGAGGCACCAAGUGGGUCUCGCGGGUUGAUGAAGGCAGUAGAAUAGAGAUCGCACGCCAUCGUAGAACGCCUUCGCUGAGAGGGCGUCUGCAUUGUUGACGUCAUUGCAGUUGAUGACAGUGCCAAGAAGUUGCUAUUGACUCUUUGAGUCCUUGGGGAAAUGCUGAACAUGCCUAUCACCGUGUGGGAAAGCGCGCAAUACUGUGCGUUGGUGUCCGUGAUUGCCGCCUCCACGGCUGCGGUGUGCUAGAAGAGUAUCUCUGAGGCAAAGAAGAUGGUGAGCAGUACUUCUACAGCGUGCAUGUGAUGCCCAGAAUCGGCCAAGGUGCUCACUCGAGUGACUGCGCGCAUAUGUCGGGCACAUCACCACCUCUCUCUUUAUGUUUCCAUUUCGACGGGACGUGUGCGAUGUCUUUGCACCUCUUGUGCACCUUACAAGGCAACGCCGGGCGUAAUCCAUUUUCAUCUCAGCUUAGCACCUUUCCCCCUGUUCCGUUACUUGCACAGUGUGCGGCCAUUUCGUAG